UUUCGAUUUCGGCGACUUUGCACCAUGCACGACUUUGAGGCCGCGCAAGCCCACUUCCUCUACGAGCACCGCGAGCCAUGCAGCCAAAUCGCGCUCAUCCAGAUCGUCACGUUCCUCAUUUCGUUCGUCUUCACGUACGUGACGUGGUGGUCGGGCCUCUUUGGCCUCCUUGUCGCGAUCGUCGGCUACUACGGCUGCCUCACGCCCGUCGUGCAGUCCAAAGUGAGCUUCAUCCAGUUCUACUACUUUGGGAACUGCUUUAUCCUGCUCCUCCAAGCGCUCUCGGCGAUCGUGCUCAUCGUCGUUGUGAGCGAGUGGGCCAUCGUCACUGCGUGGGGCUGGGUCGUCAUCGUGCUCGGCACGGUUUGCUUCAUCUUCCAGCUCUACAUCACGUACAUGGCCGUGCAGCGGUCGCACUCGUACCGCGCUGAGCUCAUGCGCAACCCGCCGCCGGCCGAGAUCAUGGUCUACUCGCAGCAGGCCGUGUACACGGCCGUGCCGCAAAUGGUCAGCGGCUACAAGGCGCCCAUGGACACCAAGUCGAUUUAAUCGCAUCCGUCCUGCCUCUUUUUGCAUCGUACGCUGCUAGCUUUUGUAUUAUGACAUGAAUGAACGUGGCGGCGACCUCAUCGCCCGCCAUACUUCCUA